GCUAAGAGUUUGGGUUCAAGGCGGGGUGGGUGGGAGUUAAGGCUGCAAAGACACAGAAGAGAGAGAGAGAGGAAUCAGAUUUAUUUUAUGUAUUUAUAUACUCCAACAGUAUUUUAGCACCUGGCCAUGUCGCGCCUGCUAAAGCUUUUUGCGUCUCCUUUCCUUGGUGGAAAGCUGCCUGUGUUAGCUGAGCUCUCCCGUUGGAUUCCUGUCCGUCCUCUAGGCAGCACACCAUGCAAGGAGGGCAAAGAAAAUGAACAGCCACAAUUCCCUGCGAAAAGCUGGAAAGAUAGUGCAGAAACAGUGAUUAUCGGAGGUGGCUGUGUUGGAGUUAGCCUGGCUUACCAUCUCGCCAAAGCUGGGAUGAAAGAUGUGAUUUUGCUGGAAAAGUCGGAGUUAACAGCUGGCUCUACAUGGCAUGCAGCUGGUUUAACAACAUAUUUUCACCCUGGGAUCAAUUUGAAGAAAAUUCAUCACUAUAGCAUCAAACUUUAUGAAACUUUGGAGGAAGAGACUGGAAAGGCAGUUGGCUUUCAUCAGCCUGGCAGUGUUCGAAUUGCUACCACCCCUACUCGAGUGGACGAAUUUCAUUACCAGAUGACGCGGACACAUUGGAAUACGACACCGCAGUUUUUGAUUGGUCCUGAGAAGGUGCAGGAACUCUUCCCUCUGAUAAAUAUUGACAAGGUCCUGGCUGGGUUAUAUAAUCCUGGAGAUGGCCACAUUGAUCCUUAUUCUCUCACCAUGGCUUUGGCAGCAGGAGCAAGGCACUAUGGAGCAGAGCUAUAUUAUCCUGCCACAGUUACAGGCCUUUCAUCAAGAUCUGAUGGGACAUGGGAUGUAGAAACACCAAAUGGAGUUAUUCAUGCCAACCGAAUAGUGAACUGUGCAGGAUUCUGGGCCCGCGAAAUUGGAAAUAUGAUUGGUUUGGAGCACCCCCUUAUCCCUGUCCAUCAUCAGUAUGUCAUCACAGCAACAGUCCCAGAGGUGAAGUCACUGAAACAAGAGCUUCCUGUUCUCCGUGAUUUGGAAGGAUCAUACUACUUGCGGCAGGAGCGUGAUGGUCUACUGUUUGGUCCCUAUGAAGAUCAGAAGAAGAUGAUGAUACAGGAGUCUUGGUUAACAGAUGGUGUCCCACCAGGAUUUGGCAAGGAACUUUUCGAAUCGGAUUUGGAUAGGAUCUUGGACAAUGUUGAAAAUGCUAUGGAGAUGGUCCCAGUUUUGAAAAAAGCAGAUAUAAUUAACAUAAUAUCAGGUCCUAUUACAUACACCCCGGACAUUCUUCCAAUGGCUGGACCACACCAUGGUGUCCGGAACUACUGGGUGGCUAUUGGAUUUGGAUAUGGAAUCAUUCAUGCUGGUGGAAUUGGAAAGUAUCUUAGUGACUGGAUUAUGGAUGGGGAACCUGAUUUUGACCUCAUUGAACUCGAUCCCAACCGCUAUGGAAAAUGGACAACAACCAAAUUCUCAUUGGAUAAAGCAAGAGAGUCAUAUGGGUUCAACAAUGCUGUUGGAUAUCCCAAAGAAGAGCGGUUUGGAGGAAGACCAACAGAAAGAGUAAGUGGAAUUUAUGAAAUUUUGAAAGACAAGGCAUCCAUGGGGUUCCAUGCCGGCUGGGAACAGCCACACUGGUUCUACAAACCUGGAGAUGACACAGGAUAUAGGCCUAGUUUUCGCCGUACAAACUGGUUUGAACCAGUUGGCCGAGAAUGUAAACAGGUCAUGGAAAAAGUGGGAGUAUUUGAUCUAACACCCUUCGGAAAAUUCACUGUGAAGGGAAAGGACUCCACAAAACUUCUGGAUCGCCUGAUUGCAAAUGUUGUUCCCAAGGUGGGCUAUAUUAACAUCAGUCAUAUGAUUACCCCAAGAGGGCGAGUUUAUGCUGAGGUGACAAUCAGCCACUUGUCAGAAGUGGAGUUCCUGCUGGUGACAGGAUCAGGGUCAGAGCUGCAUGACCUAAGAUAUAUAGAGGAAGAGGCAGCAAAUGGUGGCUAUGCUGUUGAUAUUCGUAAUGUUACUGAUGAAAUCGGGGUGCUGGGUGUAGCAGGUCCAUUUGCACGGAAGGUUCUCCAAAAGCUCACAGAGGUAGACCUGAAUGGAACAGCGUUUAAAUUCCUGCAGUGUAAGCCUAUCACCCUGGCUGAUGUUCCCCUCACUGCUAUGAGGAUCUCCUACACAGUUUUCACUCUAGGUGAGCUCGGCUGGGAGUUGUACCACAAACGACAAGAUACUGCUACACUCUAUACUGCCAUCAUGGAAGCAGGGCAAGAAUUUGGAAUUGACAACUUUGGAGCAUAUGCCAUGAACUCUUUACGGCUUGAGAAAGCGUUUAGAGGCUGGGGAGCAGAGAUGAACUGUGACACAAACGCCUUUGAAGCUGGAUUGGACUACUUCAUCAAGUUAAACAAGCCGACAGAGUUCAUAGGAAAACAGGCUUUGACAAAAAUCAAGAAAGAGGGAGUUCAGCGUAAGCUAGUGUACCUCACCAUGCAAACUGACAGCGUGGAUCCUGAAGGAAAUGAAAGCAUUUGGUAUGAAGAUAAGGUUGUAGGUAACACCACAUCUGGAGCCUACAGUUACAGCACACAACAGAGUGUGGCCUUCGCAUAUGUGCCUGUGGAACUCAGCAAAAUAGGACAACAGCUAGAGGUGGAACUGCUGAAUAAAAAAUACAAUGCGGUAAUCGUCCAAGAACCACUGAUACUGACAGAGCCAACUAGGACUCGAAUGAAGAAGAAAAGUGAGAGCUCAAGUAUUUGAGGGACAUUAUUGUUCAAAAAGAAAGCAACCCUGAAUACUCAAGUUUCUGUCAGCACCAUAGGUAACUUUGAAACAAAGCUAACUCUCAGCGUUUUAAAUGUAAAAACUUACAGGGCUGCAAGAUUAAAAGCGAUUCUAAUUUUAAACAUCGCCGCAGCUACCAUUUCACAUAUGGCAGUUGAACUAACAAGGAGAUCUGUUCUACAAAUGUUUUCCACCAAUAAAUAUGCUGGGUCGUGUUUCAGUAGGGUAUAACCAUUUGCAUUGAGCCAUAUUUCAGCUGGGACCAAGCUUCCUAUUACUGGCUGGGUCAAAAUCCUGGAAUUCCCUUCCUAACAGCACUGUGGAUGUACCUACACCACAUGGACUGCAGCGGUUCAACAAGGCAGCUCACCACUUCUCAAGGGCUACUAGGGAUGGGCAAUAAAUGCUGGCCCAGCCAGCGAAGCCCACAUCCUGUAAAUGGAUAAAAACAAGGAUCCCCACCCCAUGUGUAAAUAUGCUGACCUCAGCAAAAUGACCUCACUGCAGUAAACAUUAAACACUGUCACUGCUGUCCCACAGCAGGAGUGUCAAUCUUCCCCACAUUGAGCAGAGUGAGCAAGUCUGCCUCAGUAUUUACAAAGUACCUUAUACUCUUGAUCUUUUUGUUAUAAAAGGGCAUUUUACGAAUUUCAAUCACUGGAACUAAUGUGAAAAAAAUAAAAGAAAUAUGGCUGAUUACAAAAACUUGCUGCACUUUUAAAAUCAAAUGUUUUUAAUGUUAAUUAAAUAAUUAGCUAAUAGUUUUUAUUUUGAAUGUGUGGAUCGCUUGCCAUGAAAUGUGAAAAUCCUUCAGCCAGGUAGGACUAAUGCAACACAAGGUCAAUUAUUUUAUAAAGUCACCAAUCACCUAUCCAAUCUGUGCAAUUAGCAUUCUUUAACUGAAUUAUCCAACUAAUGCUAGAUGGUUAGAAAUCCUUUUCAGCAACAGGGAAGGAAGGUUUCAAGGCAGGGUGUGAUUUUUAUAUUUUAAAAAAAGCUGAAAUCAUUAAUUGAAUGAUGUAAAAGGAAACCCGAAUUAUGCUGCAACACCCAGUGAAAAGAAUAAACAUCACACCUGGAAUAUGAAUUUAUUUUGCUGGGUGCUGAGAUAUAUUAAGUUUCUGGGAAAUGGAUCAAGACACCUUCUUUCGUGGAAGCUUUCCCUUCCCUAACCACAAGUUCAGAUAUGUGAGUGCUGCUGAAGAAAUUCAAAAGCUGAAACUUUUCAAAGUCAAGUAAUUUGUUUCAAACUCCAAGGUUUUCCAUGGUUAAACAUUCACACCACCAACAUGAUCGUGAGUUAUUCUGAACAAGCAGGGAAAUGGUCAUUGAACAUUGAGUAAUAUUCUAGAACUUGGUGGUCUACUGCUGUGUUUCAAAACGAAAGCCCUGACUUAAGGUGCGGGGCAUGAAUUGGGUAGAUCAUAGAUACAGUUGGCAAUCUGUUCCCUGUGCAUCCUUCCUUGUUUCAACAAGAAUGACAACAUUGGACAGAAAGGAAUUUCUGCCCUAAAUAAUUGUUAAUGUUGCAUUAAAUCCAUCCUGCCAUGAACCAAAACAAUGCAAUCAAUGCAAUGCACAAAAUAACAACUUAUGUUUGCUUGGGAAGGCAGAAUCCCUGGAGUAACUGAAUGAAAACAAGUAGCCUGUCACCCUCCUUUAGGUAACAUGCUGGCACUUGCUUUGUCUGAUCUGCACUGUGCAGAGAGGUUUGGGAGGUGCCCCACAGCUCCUGCUGGUUAGACAAGGGGGGUGCAAUAGCAAGAGUGGCCUAGUGUUUACUUUCUCAGUGGCAGAGACUUAAAAGUCAGAGGUCUUGAAGAAUGACAGGAGCAACACCACCUUCUUAAGGCCAAUUAAGGAUGGGCCGCCCACAUCCUGUGAAAAAAUAAAUAAGAAAAACUUGGAAACAUUCUGACCUAUAUCUAAAUUUAGUACAAGACAUGGUGAUACCCUCAUCGAUAAGGCAAUUGGUAAUGGCCAUAAUUGUAGCUUUUUAAAAACCUACUAUUAUUACUGUGAAUAUUUUGUUUGAUUUAAAGGAAUAGCAUAGGAGAACAAAGUUUUCAUUUGUGAUUUGAAACAUAAAUUGUGAACUAAUUUGUAUCAAGCAGCAGUUUAAUUGCUUAAUCUGUAGCAUUGUAUACAAUUUAAUAAGUAUUUUUUAAAUAUAAUUGUAUUAAUGCCUUGCAAAUAAAAUGGAUUUA